CAAUAUGCAAGUGAAGACCUGAAAAGAGAUAAAGAGGUUGUGAUGUGUGCUGUCAAAGGACACGGUUGUGCAUUGCAAUAUGCAAGUGUAGAUUUAAAGUGUGAUAGAGAGGUUGUAAUGUGUGCUAUUGAAAGAAAUGGAUGUGCUCUUCAAUAUGCAAGUGCAGACCUAAGAAGAGAUAAAGAGGUUGUGAUGUGUGCUAUUCAUAAUGAUAGUUCUGCUCUAAAGUUUGCAGAUGAAACAAUAAAGGAUGAUUAUGAUGUUAUCAUAAAAGCAGCAAAAACAUGUAGAUUUAGUUUAACACACAUUACAGAUAAAGCAAAGAAUGACAAAGAGUUAGCAUUUCGGCUUGUAAAAAUCAAUAGUGAUAAUAUGAAAUAUUUAUCUGAUAAGUUAAAAUGUGAUAAAGAUAUCAUUGUAGAAGCUGUUAAAACAAAACCUUUCUAUGUAAAGGAUCUAACAAAUGAACAAAAGAACAAUAAAGAGCUAGUAUUGGAGCUAAUAAAGCAUUCUAUAUACACAAUUCAAUUUGUGUCUGAUAAUUUGAAAGAUGAUUAUGAUGUUGUCAUAGAAACUGUUAAAAGAGAUGGAAAAUUCCUUAAAGAGACAUCUAGUAGAAUGAGAAAGAACCAUGAUGUUGUAUAUGAGGCAGUAAAGUCAUCAGACGGCAGCACUUUUGAAUUUGCCGACAAGACCUUGAAGGCAGAUAGAGAGUUUGUUGCUAGGUUAGUCGAAAUUGAUGGAAAAAGUCUAUUAGCAAAGAGGCAUAUUGCACUUGCAGCUAUUGAACAAUGUGGGAUUGCAUAUGCAUUCGUGCCAGAGACAUUAAAACAAGAUAAAGAGAUAAUUAUGGCAGCACUCAAGAAUUACCCGCCUAUAUUUGGGCAUAUACCUGAAACAAUGAGAAAUGAUAGAGAUAUAGCACUAGAGGCCAUAAGGGUCAAUAAGACAGUUAUCAAAUACAUCCCUCUAGAUAUAGUAUAUGACACAAAGUUUAUUUUGAAAAUAUUA